CUAUAGCAGAAGGCGGUGACCGGUACUCGCUCUCCAUCAGCAGCGACAGAUUAGAAAAGACGGCAGAGAGAACUGAGGAACUCAAAGCUCGGUGACUGUCUCCAAAACUGCUGUCAUUAUGUCAAAAGUUUUUAAGAAGACCAGUGGGAAUGGAACUAUUGCCCUGUACUUGGGGAGGAGAGACUAUGUAGACCAUGUUGAUGCUGUGGACAUAGUCGAUGGGAUAGUUAAAGUGGAUCCUUCUGGUCUUAAUGGCAGAAAAGUAUUUGUCUACCUCGCUUGUGCCUUCCGUUAUGGAAGUGACGACCUGGACGUCAUCGGUCUGUCCUUCAGGAGAGACAUUUGGAUCAAACACAUUCAGAUUUAUCCCGCCACAAAUGGGAGUGUGACGAAAACGCCAAUGCAGGAAUCCCUCCUGAAAAAAGUUGGCGAGCAGGGAUGUCCCUUCUCCUUCCAGAUGCCAACAAAUCUCCCAUGCUCAGUCUCCUUACAGCCUGGACCAAAUGAUCGUGGAAAGGCUUGUGGAGUGGAUUUUGAAGUUAAAGCAUUUAUUGCCAACGAACCUCACAAUCCAGAUGAAGCUAUCAACAAAAAGGACACGUGCCGUCUGAUAAUUCGUAAGAUACAAUUUGCACCGGCUAACAAAGCCGGACCUAAAGCUGAGAUAUCGAAGCAGUUCAUGAUGAGCGACAAACCAAUUUCCGUGGAGGCCUCUCUUGAGAAAGAGAUUUACUAUCAUGGAGACCCAAUCAAGGUCAUUGUGAAAGUCAACAAUGAAACUGCAAAAAUAAUAAAGAAAAUCAAAAUUUCUGUUGUUCAGCUAGCAAAUGUUGUCCUCUACUCAUCUGACACAUACACCAGGGACGUUUGCGUUGAGGAGUUUGACGAGACUGUGGGUGCAAACUCUACAUUUGAGAAGUCCUUCCAGGUAACUCCCCUACUGGCCAGCAACAAAGACAAGCGAGGCAUCGCUAUAGAUGGACGACUAAAAGACGAGGACACCAACUUGGCAUCCACCACCCUGAGUCAAGGAGAUAAGGAGAUGCUGGGAAUCAUUGUCUCCUACAAAGUGAAGGUUAACGUGUCGACGUCUAGUGGAGGCCUUUUGGGUGGUCUAACAGGAAGCGAUGCUGCAGUGGAGCUGCCGUUGACUUUGAUGUGCCCAAAACCUGCAGGACAGAUGUCAUAUUUGACCCCAUUGAGUGAUGAGAAAAGUACCACCCGUUUGGCAAAGAAUACAAAGGAACUCAACACCAAGAAAGAACACACACAAAGUCAAACACUUAUAUGUUCUUCAUUCCCCUGUGUAUAGUUUUUUAUUGUAAAUUGUGAGCUCUGUCAUAGAAAUAUCUAAAUAUGCAUAUUUGUCAAAAUAAAUGGUUUAUAGUAUAGAAUAUUCUUUGUGCAAAGUGUUUUAAAAUUUUUGAUUUUCUUUUAUCUUUAAUCUUGAUUGUUGUGUCUUUGGAGUGUUGAGGAAAAGAUGAAUGAACUUACUUGUGUUGGAUGAAUAUCUUGAAAAUAAAACCCCCCACAGAUCA